AUGCCAAUCACAUCACUUGAAUCGUACUUAUUUGAACGCAAAUUAGCACACACAAGCUCUAUUGAGAUCUUAGAAAAUGCCGUUAUCGGGAUCGACGUUGAACACUAUUUGAGUCGAAUUUACACUUUUAAAAAGGAACAAUUUUUGCCAGCAAUUGGAGGAGCACCUUCCUCAUUAAGAGAUUAUAUUAAAUCAGACUUGAAGGUGUUUCAAGAGUUUAAUAUUAAACCCAUUUUUGUUAUAUCUGGGUUACAAACUCAAUUGCAACAAAAGUAUAAAAAUGAUUUGAACGAAUUUGAUACACAGCAUGUUGAAAAUAUUUGGAAUAAAAUUAAUACCAAGGAUCCUUACAGUCAUGGUUCUCAUCAUCAACAUCCUCAUUUUCACAAUGCCAUAAUUGAGAAUUUCCGGAAUUUAAAUGAAUCAUUGCCGAUCUAUUCCAUGAUUAACUAUAUAAUCAAAUUCUUCUUAGAAUUUGACAUUGAUUAUAUGAUAAGUCCCUACGAUGCAUCGUUUCAAUUGUCAUAUUUUUAUCAACGUGGAGUCAUCGACUCAGUAUAUGGUUCAACCGAUUUGUUACUUACUAAAAUUGAUAAGUUUAUUUUAGGAAUGGAAUUUCAAUCAAAGGAUUUCAAAUUUGUCAAUAAAAGUAAAGUACUAAAGGCAUUGAAUUUAAAUGAACAGCAGUUUCUUGAUUUGUGUAUAAUUGUUGGCUGUGGGAUCCAACCGGAAACUUUCCCGCUAUUCCCAGCAUUAUCCAAUAAACCACCUUCGGGGGGAAGUGUGUCAUCAUCUUCGUCAACAUCCUCAUUUGGAAUGGGUAGCUCUGCUGUUGUUAGUGGUGGUGCUGGUGGUACUGUUGUUGGACCAGGUGCUGGGUCGCAGUUGAAUUAUUUCAAGAUUGGAUUGGAUACUCUUUAUCAGUAUGCUCAAUUCAGCGGAGACAAUUCGAGUUUAUUGGGGUAUAUUAUUUCUCUUAAUAAUCCUAAAUUAUUAGACUUGUAUUACAAGGGUGUGUGUUCUAUCCGGUAUAUACCGAUUUUAAACCAGGAAGGGUAUGUCGAAUUGUACCAUGCUGCUAUGGCCAAAUUAGGAUUGAGUGAAAAUAUUGAUUAUUUGCAUGAGGAAGAAGAAGAUGUCGGUGGUGAAGUACAAGAAGAAAAGCAGGAAGGUAAAAUUGGAAAUGCAGAGGGUAAACCAACAAAACAAGAAACAGGACAAGAGGGUGACGCAAGUGAUGAAAGAUCAAGUAUUGAUUCUAGUAUUUCCCAUAGAUCAGUGAGGAUCCCAAAUGAUGUUCAUGAAAUCAUAUCACAAAGAUUACCACCUGAACUCUAUUUUUACCAAUCUAUGGGAUUAUUGCCUUUGUCAUUAUUGGGAUCAAUAGUGAAAGGAGAAUUAGAAAUAAGACCACCAAUAGAAGGUAGCACUGGCAGCAAGAGUAAUGAAUCGUACAAGAAUUUGAUUACCCUGAAGUUUUAUGAGGAAUUGUUAGAUUCACAAUUCAAUUUAUUAACUCAGUUUUUGGCUAGAUAUUAUCAAGUAAAAAAGAUUAGAGUUAAAUAUUGGUUUAAAAACGAUAUUUUAGAAUUGAAUAAUCGAUUCACACCCCCAAUUAGCAAGAAAUUGAACAAAUUUAUUCUUGCUAAUGAUGGGAAUGGUGAAAAUUUUGUCAUUAAUAGGUUUUUCCAAUCCAGGCUUGAUGGCGAAUAUACUUCAACCAAAACUGUUGAGACAAAGGAUGAUAUUAUUUCCACUGUCUUAUUGAGAGUGUUGCAUCUUUAUGGAAUUGUGAAUGAAAAAUCGGAGCUAUUGACCAUUGGAAGAAUAUUGGUCGAAUUUGCCAAGAGUGCUGAUAACGAAGUGAGUCAAGAAGAGGUUGAGCAUAUAAUAUUGCUUGUAUUAUUAUUGAAUUCAAAAGUAUUGACAUUAAAUGAACCAAGCAAAGAGUAUACUGAUGUUUCUAAUUAUUACAAAACAAGUAUGUUAAAUCAACAACAAAACCCCAAUCAAUUCAGCAAACAAGGUCUUACAGCUGAUGUGAUUAAAAAGAUCACCUUAAUUUCAAGGAUAUUCUCGUUCAAGAAAUUAAAUGUUUCACCAAUUAAUUAUCAAGGCCCGAUUUCUAGAAGCUUAUUGAACUUUAGAAGUCAUGUUGAAUUCAUCAACCACAAUUUGAUUAACACUUUGCAGUUGGUCCUCAUUGAUUUCGUAGUUCGACAGGAGCAAAAUAAUAUUAAAACUGAAUAUGAAACUAAAGAUGAUUGGUACAAAUUGAUUGACCAAUUGCCAUUUUAUAAAGGUUUGGAUAAUACAUUAAUGGGUGUGAUUAGUGAAAUUUAUUUUGAAAUGGCAAUUAAACAAAAACAAGAACAACCACAAUUGACGAAGCAAGAAAUAAUUAAGAAUUGUCAAAAUCAUUUGAGUGAGCAUAUAUUUUUGGUUAAUAUUCCAUCCUUUAACAUUAAUGUCAAUGGUGUUAACUCGACUUCUAGAUCGCAAUUAAUCGAUGAUUUCAAAGGAGGGGUAGAGUGGUGGAAGAAAUUCAUAAUAUUGAUUGAUAUCAUAAAUAAAACUGACAAGAAGUUGGUGGAUGAUAAUUUGUAUCGAGAAAUCAAACAAACAGACGAGUUUUUGAAAGAGUUUGUAUAG